GGAAAACAAGAAAAAAAAAAUAUUCUGCACCAAUGGACUGCGGACACAGUACAGCAGAUGACCAGAGACUGCGGACACAGUACAGGAGCAGAGACUGCGGACAUAGUACAGGGAAAAUACCAGGGACAUAGUACAGAUGACCAGAGACUGCGGACCUUUGGGGAGGGAGGGGGAGAGCGGGUACCUGAAUUUGACAGGUACCCGCUCCCACUUCCGGAGUUGUGCUUCCCUCUUCUUCCCGCGCCGGCUUCUGUGACAGCUGGGUGCCCACUGCGCAUGCGCGAGAGAAGCACUGCGCUUUGUGAAUGGCUCGGCGCCUUCUGG